AUGCCACAACCACUACCCUCGAAAGAGGGUUCGCUUUUCCGCCAGCUUGUCAAGAACUAUGAGGCGAAGCAGUACAAGAAGGAAGGCAUCAAAGCUGCGGACCAAAUCCUCAAGAAGGUACCCGACCAUGGCGAUACACAGGCAAUGAAGGCACUCAUCCUUAACUCUCAAGGCCACGGUGAGGAGGCCUUCGCGCUCGGAAAGCUCGCGCUCAAGAAUGACAUGAAAUCGAAUAUCUGCUGGCACGUCUACGGCUUGCUUUGGCGGUCGAAGAAGAACUAUGAAGAGGCCAUUAAGGCAUACAAAAUGGCGCUCCGAUUAGCGCCCGAAUCGCAAAACAUUUUACGCGACCUUGCCCAUCUUCAAUGCCAAAUUCGCGACUUCGAAGGUUACAUCGAGAGCCGACAGAAAAUGCUGAGCGACCGAUCACAACUGAGGCAGAAUUGGACAGGGUUAGCGAUAGCAUACCAUCUCAGCGGGAAUUACAAGGAAGCAGAGCACAUCUUAACCACAUACGAAGGGACACUGAAACAAGCGCCUCCUAAGACGGACCUUGAGCACUCGGAAGCCGUUCUGUACAAGAACACGAUUAUAGCAGAGUCCGGGGACACUGAGCGCGCUUUGGAGCAUUUGGAAACGAUCAUCAAGAACAGCCUGGACCGCACGGCCGUACUCGAACUAAAGGCAAAAUACCUCCUACAACUGGAAAGGCACGAAGAAGCCGCUCAGGUGUACAGGACGCUUCUCGACCGAAACAGCGAAUACCGCGCGUACUUCGAGGGGCUUGAGAAGGCUCUUAAAUUGGACAGGUCGGACAGCGCAUCCCUGGAGAAGUUGACUGAGCUCUACGAGGGAUAUGCCAGUCAGAACAAGCGAAACGAUGCCGCACGUCGGAUACCGCUAGAUUUCCUUGAGGGUGAUGCUUUCAAGACGGCAGCGGACGAGUAUCUACGACAGAAGCUGACCAAGGGCGUCCCUUCGACCCACGCGAACGUAAAGGCCUUGUACGUGGACCCCGCGAAGAAGAAAGUCAUCGAAGAACUUGUGCUUUCAUACGCGUCAGAAGAGAAGAAGCAAAAUGGCUCAGCAAAUGGCGAAACAAACGGAAACAUCUCAGACGCCUUCGAAAAGUCAGUGCUGCUCUUCCUGGCUAAACAUUACGAUUAUACACUUAGCCGCAACCUUGAUAAGGCAAUGGAGUAUGUGGAUCGCUUGGUUGAGCUGGAACCGAAGAAUGUCGACUACAACCAGUUGAAGGCACGGAUUUGGAAGCACAAAGGCGAGACGCAGAAAGCAGCAGACCUAAUCAACUUCGCACGGGAGUGUGACUUGAAAGAUCGUUACAUCAACACCAAGUGCGCGAAGUAUCAGCUGCGCAACAAUGAGAACGAGAAGGCACUUGACACAAUGAGCAAAUUCACACGCAAUGAAACCGUCGGAGGACCCCUGGGAGAUCUGCACGACAUGCAAUGCAUGUGGUACUUGCUGGAAGACGGCGAGGCCUACUUGCGACAGAACAAGCUCGGUCUUGCGCUUAAGCGAUUCACUGCCAUAGCGGAUAUUUUCGAGGUCUGGCAAGAAGAUCAAUUCGAUUUCCACAGCUUCUCGUUGCGAAAGGGACAGAUCCGGGCCUACAUCGACAUGAUCAGAUGGGAAGAUCACCUUCGAAACCACCCCUUCUUCACGCGAGCUGCGUUGUCCGCAGUAGACCUAUACGUCAAGCUUCACGACAAUCCGGAUCUAGCUAGAGAUGGCAAACCAGAUCUGGCUAACCUUGACCCCUCGGAACGAAAAAAGGCAUUGAAGAAGCUACAGAAGGAGGAAGAAAAGAAGAAGAAGGCAGAGGCGGACAGGAAGCAGGCUGCUCAAGCCAAAGCAACCGCGAAGGCUGACGAUGGCGAAGUCAAGAAGGAGGACCCAGAUCCUAAUGGCGAGACGCUCCUCCAGACCAAGGAGCCUUUGGAGGCGGCACUUAGAUUCCUUAAGCCGAUGCUUGAGCUCAGUCCCCGCAAUAUUGACGCACAAAACAUAGGCUUCAAGGUGUAUCUCCGGAGAAAUAAGCUUGUGCUUGCUCUCAAGUGUCUGAAGGCUGCUCAGGAGCUCGACCCCGAGAAUCCUGGAGCGAAGGAGAAUGCCACCGCCCUUCGUCAACACCUCAAUAACCUCCAGGAGCCGCUAUCCGGUCCUGUGGCCGAGGCCAUCAAGAAAGAUUUCCCGUCGGCCUGA